GCGGUCAGGCUACUCAGCUCCGCGAAGGCUCUCGGCGCGCCGCGGCCCUCAGGCGCCCGGCUCUCGCCCGCCCCGCCGCCACGAUGCCCAAGACGAAGGUCAGCUCUGCCGAGGGGGCGGCGAAGGAGGAGCCCAAGAGGAGAUCGGCGAGGUGGUCAGCUAAACCGGCUCCUGCAAAAGUGGAAACGAAGCCAAAAGAGGCGACGGGAAAGGACAAAUCUUCAGACAAAAAAGUGCAAACAAAAGGGAAAAGAGGAGUAAAGGGAAAACAGGCGGAAGUGGCCAACCAAGAGACUAAAGAAGACUUGCCUGCAGAAAAUGAAGAGACUAAAAACGAGGAGAGCCCAGCCUCUGAUGAAGCAGAAGAGAAAGAAGCCAAGUCUGAUUAAUAACCACACACUCAGUCCUGUCAGUGGUCCCUGUUUCCAUUCUUGUACAAUCCAGAGGAAUAUUUUUAUCAACUAUUUUGUAACUGCAAGUUUUUUAGUAGCUCUAGAAACAUUUUAAAAAAGGAGAGAAUCCCACCUCAUCCCAUUUUUUAAGUGUAAAUGCUUUUUUUUAAGAGGUGAAAUCAUUUGCUGGUUGUUUAUUUUUUGGUACAACCAGAAAAUAGUGGGAUAUUGGAUAUGGGAGGCUUUGAUUGUCUUGGGUGUCAGCUUAACAUUCCAUAGAUGGGGGGUAGCUUUUGUAUCCUAUAAUACAAAAGC